AUGACGAACUGGACGGAACUCAACAUCGUCAUCAGCGACAACUCGUCCACAACAAUGCUGAGCCGUGCCGGACACUGGUGGAGACCCUCCCUCUGCCGCAUCCAAACACUGCGGCUCAAGGAUGAGUGCAACUAUGGGUUGGGCCAGUUUGGUGUCUCUCACCUAUUUGGGCCAUCACCUUGGGACUCCUUGCCGUGGCUCCUAUAUGUUCUUGCCCCCUUCCGAAACCUUCGUACGCUGCUCAUCGACACUCCGGCUUUCCCAUACCCCGUCCCCUUCGACAUCGACCUGGAUACAUUUGUUGAUGCAGCGGACUUGGGCACAUUCUUGCAGGCCUACGAUUUCACUCCCCACGACAUCUUAAUCCACACACAACUCCUUGCCACCCUCCCACAUCUCCGACGCUUCUACCUCCAGUAUCUGCACUGGCGGCCACUCGGCAUCACCUGGGAUGACCCGCAGGGUGGCAUUGGGUAUGGCCACAUGUUCCAUGUCCUCCAGCCGCCACCUUUCAAUCCAGACACGCCUGUUCAAUUUGGCAUCAAUAAUCUGGAUCAUUUUGACGGUCAAACCUUCGACACUGACCCCUUCUCUGAUUGGGUUGGUCCAUACAUUCCGGACCCCUCCGACCCGCUCAGUCCCCAAGUCUAUGAGCAUCCUGUGCGGAUAUAUACCGCCAUUGAAGGGCCAUACUGUCCGCAUGAGCUUGAGCAGUAA